GUUGAAUAUAAACACUUCGGAACUACACGCGCUUGGAUGCUGCGCAGUCUCAGUAGGUUCAGUGGAUCGGAAACGCGCAUUCUGAAUGUUCCCAGGACCUCUACAUUUGUCUGCGGAAACGAAAGAAUUGGGGUUACAAAAUGGCAGAUCGUGUGAAUAACUUUCCUCCCCUGCCUAAGCUUCUGAGAAUAAAGCCUUGCUUUUAUCAGAAUAUUGAAGAGGAAAUUCCUGCACCACACCAGCAGUUGGUGCGCAGAGUCUACACUCUUUGGAUGAUGUAUUCAGGCACUCUGGCCCUAAAUGUCAUCUCAUGUAUUGCAUGGUGGGCAGGGGGUGGAAAUGCCACCAACUUUGGUUUCUCUCUUCUCUGGCUCAUCCUCUUCAGCCCUUGCAGUUACACCUGCUGGUUCAGACCACUCUACAAAGCCUUCAGGGCGGAUAGCUCAUUCAACUUCAUGGCCUUCUUCUUCAUCUUCUUCCUCCAGUGCAUCUUGGCCCUCAUCCAGACUAUAGGCAUCUCUGGCUGGGGAACCUGCGGCUGGAUUGCCACAGUGAUGUUUUUCAGCUAUAAUGUGGGCUCUGCUAUAGUGAUGCUUAUCACAACUCUGCUCUUCACUGUGGUGACUGUUCUAAUGGCACUGGUUCUCAUUAAGGUGCACAGAUUGUACCGGGGUGGCGGCGGCAGUAUGGAGCGCGCUCAGGAGGAGUGGAGCACCGGGAUGUGGAAGAGUGCACCAGUGAGAGAAGCAGGGUUCAACGCCGUUGCUCAGACGGCACAAGGUCCGAGCUUGCCUCAGUACCCUGCCGCAGUGCCGAGCUAUCCUGACAACAGUCACUGGUGAUAGCUUUAAGUCGCCUCUAGAUGGAGACAAAUAGCAGGCAAUUUUUGUGGUGCACACGAACGCUCUUCAAAACAUUUCAUUAUUUCACCCCGACAUGAGAAAAUUCAUAAACAUAUAUAUUUUUUUUUCCUGUGAGAGGACACAAUUGCUUUAAAAAGUUACUUUAAAAAGAGAUUUGUCGGCAGAGCUCUUUAAAGCUUUUGCCUUGUAGUCAAAAUAUGCCAUUCCAUUUCAACUUUGUUUACAUGUAGUUUAUUAAAAUGAAGACUGAAGUACAGAUUUAUGCUCAAAAUAAAUUCGUUGAAGAAAAUAUAUAGUCUUGCAAAUAUGCAACUGGAAACUCAAAGAGUGUGAACUGUUUCAGAAUAGCAGUAUGUGAGGGACAUGUGCCUUAUGGACCUUUUUAUGAUAGCAUUGUUUUAUGUAUUGCCAGACUCUGCAUGCUAGAAAAUGUAGUAUGCUGAAGAACAGGGCUUUCUUUUUCUUUUGCAACAAGAGAACAUCUGCAAGCUGCACUGUUUCUUUUUUAUGUGUGUAUUACAUGUAUUCUGGCAGGAGUUCAGUCUAUUUUUGAUAUUUUGUGCUUUAUAUCUCCACGCCCUGCUUUGGCUGUGAUUUCUUGAAAUGCGCCUUAAUAUAGUGUGCAGAUUUUGCAUGUGUAAAACAUCUUGCUUGACUUUCAACUUAUGAAGUGCUGCUCUUUUUUUUCUUUUUUUUUUUUUUGGUUGAACUGGAUUUAUGCUUCAGUGAAACAAAUGUAUGGAAACAUUUCAAAAAGUUGUUGGUGCAUGAGGCUCCCCUGCCAUUUCUCACUGAGCACUGAUUUGCCAAGACACAUGACUCUUUUCAUUACAGUGAAAAAAGCCACACCCAAAGUAGAUGUUGUUUUGUACUCUCAGUAUUUUUUAGUAUCUGUAGUUCCAAAGCUACACUGUUUGCUCUUAGUGGUCAGCGCCCUGCCUUAUCAGUUGUUGUCAAUGUUCCGGUCACUUUCACUUUCCCCUAGAUAAACUGAAUUAUUGUGUUUAGUGACUGCACUGUCCUUGCAUGCAGCCUAUCACAGGAGCAAGACUGAACAGGAGCCUCUUAUUUCAGAUGAACUGACCUCAUGUAAUACAAUACAGACGCAAACAACUCAGCUGACUGACUGAAAAGUGAAAUUUUGCACGUAAAUGUAGUCACAGUAUAUCAAGACGCAGUCUGACAUAAAUGUGUGAUAUACUGUCAUUCCAACACACCUUGGUAAAUAGUUUGACUGAACUCUAUGAAUGUGGUUUGGCUAUAUGUUGGCUCAGUGAUCCAGUCAAAGCCUGUUGAAGUGUGAGGACCGACAGGAAGUGAAAGGUGUCUGCCUCGUGGUUUGACUAGUUUUCUUUUCUUGUUACAAAAGUGUCCUUCAUGGCCAACUGCCAAAAUUAGUAUUUUGAUUUUACUCUGUUAUUUGAUAAGUGACAAAAUAAAGUGGAUAUGUUAAAGUAACCUUUAAAUAUUGCAACAUUUCAAUAAAUAUUCUGAUUCCCACCAUG